ACUCUUGGGGCAGGGACCCAGCGAGCACAGCCAGGUCAUGCUGUCGGCAAUGCUGCUGAGUUGUGCCGUGCUGCAGGCACUGCCCACCAUGCAGGGGGCCCACAUGGGCCUGGCCCCACUGGAGGGCUUCAGAGGACCUGUUCGAGCCCUGUUCCCAGACUUCCCAGGCCCGGGUCUGCAGUCUCCAUGGAAGAGGACAUCGGCAGAACAGACAGGAGAGCUCCUGCUGGAGGAAGCAGAGGUGUUGGCUCAGGCGCUAGACCCGCAGGGCCGAGAGCAGCGCUCCUCACGUCGUUGCGUGCGGCUGCAUGAGUCCUGUCUGGGACACCAGGUGCCCUGCUGCGACCCAUGUGCCACCUGCUACUGCCGCUUCUUCAACGCCUUCUGCUACUGCCGCAAGCUGGGUACUACCACGCACCCCUGCAGCCGCACUUAGCUGGCCGACUAAGCAGGGUGGGGGCCUGGA